AUGCCACAAGAUAGACUAUCCCCUUUGACCUGUCUAACCCCCACUCUAUUCCAACGUCUGUCUCCAUUUCCCGCAGAAUCCUUCACCACCAAUAAACAUAUCGAUUACAAUUGGUAUGGGGGUUUCGAUCAUUACAAAAUAAUUUCUGAGGCGACUUCUUUCCUCUCUACCUACACCUCUCUCUCAGCUUCAUGCAUAUCCUCUACCUUUUCCGAUUUCCUGGACAUCGCCCGGAAAUAUUGCAAUGAGUAUGAAAGAAUUCCAACAGAGGCCUGUUGGUUUACAAUCCGUCUCAGCAAACCGAGUGAUGUAUUUGUGAUGCCUAGAUGGCAUCAAGAUGGGAGAAUGUUCGACUGCACCUGUCUUCAUUCUCGUUCUGGACACGAGCAUGAGGGAUCCAGCAGCGACCCUAAGGAGGAAAAGGCAAUUCACAGUAAAUACGCCACCACACUCCUUGGCCCUUGCACUCGACUGCUCCCAGAAACUUCUUUUGUUAGGAGUAGCAUGGUCGAAGUCAUGGGUUUGAGUCAUGAAGAAGAAAGGAUUCAAUUGGCAAAGCAGUUUGAGAAUAAAGAAUGUGUUAGUUUAGUGGCGGGAGAUAUAAUUCGGUUUACUUGGGGAGAUGAAGAUUCGCCUGUUCAUUCGGAGCCGGAUAUCAGUUGCAGUGAUAGAGUGUUUGUUAGUUUGAUGUUUGGCAGUAAAGAGGAGCUUAGACAAAUGUGCAAGUGGCGGGAUGUGGAAUUCAGAGAGUAA